AUGGCACCAUACUUCUUACGAAAUUUACUUCCUCGAAGAGAGCAGAGACAAAAAACACACCUACUCACUGUUCUACGUGGCUUGACAUGGAUUCAAUGGGCUCAGUUCUUUGUUGGGUGGUUGGCGUGGACAUGCGAUGCCAUCGACUUUUUCUCCGUGUCUCUCAGCAUUGACCGACUCGAACGUCAGUUUAACAGGUCUGCUCGUGACAUUACGACUUCAAUCACCCUCACGCUCUUAUUCCGAUCAGUAGGCGCCAUUGUGUUUGGUAUUUUUUCAGAUCGCUACGGAAGAAAAUGGCCUCUAGUUUGCAACCUCCUUCUCAUUUCUUCCCUCGAACUCUGUGUGGGAUUCGUCCAAACAUUCAAGCAAUUUCUCGCCCUUCGGUCCCUCUUCGGUGUCGGAAUGGGCGGAAUUUGGGGACUAGCAGCAUCCACAGCACUCGAAAACCUCCCCAUUGAAGCUCGUGGCGUGGCUAGCGGUGUUUUACAACAAGGCUACGCGUGCGGGUAUCUCAUCGCAGCGUUGGUCAGUCUAUUCAUCGUGCCGCACGCAACCCAGGGCUGGAGGGUCAUGUUCUGGACGGCUUGUGGUAUAUCCUUUACAACAGCAUGCCUUCGCGCUCUCCUUCCCGAGAGUGAGUAUGUCUUACGCGCAAGGGAGGUAGAGCGUUACGGGGGAACCGAUACGUCGAAGAAGACAAAGGCAUUCAUCAAAGAUGUUAAGGAAAUGCUCAAACAACACUGGGCGUUAUGUAUUUAUGCCGUUUUGCUUAUGGCGGGAUUCAACUUCCUCUCUCAUGGUUCUCAGGAUUUGUACCCGACAUAUCUCGAGACAACGAAAGGCUUCACCCCGCAUGAUGCAAUAAUUGCUACCAUAUUCGGAAACUUG